AUGGCUUGGUCGAUUAAACAUGCACGUCUCAUUGUGCAAGGCAAACACGGAAAUAUAGACCAAGACCAUUUGACCAAGCCACUGUCACUUUUGCCAUCCAUAUCAUCACAGUAUUACAUCAUCGACGGUUGGCCUGAGCUCCUUCUUGGUGUUUGUGAACACCACACCUGUCCGGAGACACACGUAUGUGAAUUUCGAUACAUUGAUCUAUACCCCACGUACACGUGUGUGUUGUAUGACCUUACCACUGUUCCGUCAGCCACGCCCCUUUCCCCGACGAAUGGAUGUACCAAUGUGCUCCCGGCUGUGUCGGAGGUUAUCUUCAAUUCCACAACUGUGCGAUUUUCACCUGUGGCAUGCGUACAUUCACCAGGAACAACAAUGGGAACACUUCUACACAAUUACCGUGACGAGCAAAUAGAUUGGUUCAAUAUGCAACCGAUAAUAGAAGGUUGUGCAGGUCUGGCGUACACAAACUCGUACAGAUAUUUUGGUAUAGAAUUUUACGGAGAGUGUUGGGCAGAUGGCGUGUUCGUUGAAGCAUCCCAUAGCAAGAUACCGGCAAACCAGUGCGAUUCAGAAACAUACCUUGCAGUUGGAGUAGAAAAUGUAAUAUGUGUGUAUGAAGUAUUGUAAAUUGUUGGGGUUUUUUGCAAGUUAAGCCACAGGUACAAUCAGAAUAAGUUUUUCUCGUGUGAGUGGAAUAACGUCCAUUAUGAGAAAUAAUGCAACCACUCUUGCCCUCACUAAUGUGAGGACCCCCCUACAGAUUUGCUUUUGUACCCUCCACUUCAAGAUAAAUCUGCUGCCCCUCAAUUGAAACAUUUGGUAUCUUUUUAUUUUUAUUCGAUUUCCCAACAGCUUUCUUUUUGUCUUUAGUGCCUUGACAAUGAUCUUG